AUGACAUCUCAUGCCUCAUCAGUAACGACGUCAAGGACGUCUUCGGAGCCCUAUCACCAGCCUGAGCAGAGCCAAGAGCCAGACACGGAGCCCGAGUUCAUAUACGGACACAUGCCUGCGGACGGUGAUAUCGAUGUUGAGGAGCUCGACGGCUACUGCGAGGGCGGCUUCCACCCCGUCCAACUGGGCGAUCUGCUUGGCAGAGGCGGGCGGUUCCGCGUCGUGCACAAACUUGGCACCGGUGGCUUCGGGACCGUCUGGCUCUGCCACGACAAGCUGGCGCGGAAGUGGCGUGCCGUCAAGAUAACGACGGCAAAGCACUCGACGCCCGACUGUUCAGAGCUCGACACGGCCGAGCUCUUGCACGACGCCGGCGUCGACGUCGCUCAGAUGGCGUCGCACCAACAUACAGGCCCCGCUAGAGUUCUUCUAGCUCCGCGGCCCCAACGGCCGCCACCUGUGCUCGCGCCGCCCGAGGUGUACUUCCCCUCGCAGCCCGUCGGGUUCGCGUAUGAUGUCUGGGCCCUCGGCUGCUCCAUGAUGGAAGUGCGGCUGGGGAACCGGCCCUUCUGUGGCUACGACCUCGACAACACCUCCAUUAGCGCGCUGCAAAACAUGGAGCUCACCAUGGGGCCCAUGCCGCUCGCAUUCCGCAGGGACUUGAAGAAAUACGGGUUCGGUUCUGCAAACUGCCCCCACGGCGCUGGCUGCGGCAACGAGGGCUGCUGGGGUGAUGAGCUGGUUCCCUACACCAUUAGGACCAAAGACGCAGUGAAACGACGGCACGGCUACACCGAGGGGUUUCCCUGGACCUACGACAAAGUGGAGGAUAAGGCGCGGUUGCAGGAGUACCGCGCGGAAACUAAGAGGAAAACGGGGGUGCAAGAGUCGUCCGACUAUCUGAAGGACUCGAUGCGGCGUGGCUGCUCGAUAAAGUUGGACCCAUACGCGUUCGACGAUAUUAAGAGCGUGUAUCACAGCCGUGAUAGCGACAGCAACAGCGACGGCUGCCUGCCUGCCUGCAAGCUCGAUAGGCCCAGUUUUCCCGACAAUUUGACAGCCGCACGCAACUUCAUACACUACAGGGCCCCGUUCCCCGAGAUUGACGAACUGCACGACCUCCGGCUCAAGAUAUUCUGCUGGAAGCCCGAGGAGCGCGCGACAACCGGCGAGAUUCAGCGUCAUGGCUGGUUCAAUACCCGACACGACGGUGAAUAA